GAGGGUAUUUGAUUCCCAGUGCGAACCAACCUACAAUGUCCAAGGAGACUCAUCAGAUCAGAACAGAUUUUCUCUCUCUCGCAGUCAUAGACAUAAAUGCACUCGCCUUCCUUUUCGAAGCUACUUAAACUGCACAUCUCUCUCUCUCUCUCUUCUGUUUUUUUUCAACUCACAGCUCAAACAAAACUGGAGCUUUUCCAAUAAUCCGAGCUUGAUCGUUUGUGGGGUUCUCUCUCUCGUUCCGUAUAAUAUGGUGUUACCAGUACUUGUUUUUCAAACUUGAAUCCCCCACAAGCUUUCGGGAAAUGAGAUGGAUCCACCUACUCUGAUCAACGAAAGCUCAUUUCCAAGUAACCCAAAUGCCAAUGCCAAUAUCACCCCCUACAAUCUCUCUGAGAUCUGGCACUUCCCAAUUAAUGGCGGAACCAGUGUUGAAGAAUCUGGACCUGCUCUUGCCCUCAGGAUGGCUCAUCUCGCUCAUAAUUUGGGCCAGUUUGGAGAGAUUGCCAUGGGGAAUCCAGAGAUUUCCUCCACUGACCCAGUUACCUUGCAAUUGCAGCAGAGACUAGCUCAUGGUCAUGGUGUUUCCAAGAAGCGGCGUGAUGCAGAGCAAGAUUCGCCUAAGGCCAGUUCAACCAGUAAUGGCAACAAUGCCAAUGGCAAUAGCGGCACCGCGAAUGAUUCUGGUGGAAAGCGCCUUAAAACAGCGGCGUGUAGAGAUGAUAAUCACGAAUCCAAAACAGAAGCAGAACCCAGAUCUGGGAAGGCCGAGCAGAACUCCCAGCCUCCUCCAGAACAACCCAAACAGGAUUACAUCCAUGUGCGAGCAAGAAGGGGCCAAGCAACUGAUAGCCACAGUUUGGCAGAAAGGGCUAGAAGAGAAAAGAUAAGUGAGAGAAUGAAAAUUCUACAAGAUUUGGUCCCUGGGUGUAAUAAGGUCAUUGGAAAAGCACUUGUACUUGAUGAGAUAAUAAAUUACAUUCAAUCUCUUCAGCGUCAGGUUGAGUUCUUGUCAAUGAAGCUUGAAGCAGUUAAUUCGAGAAUUGGCCCUGGCAUUGAAGUGUUUCCUCCUAAAGAUUAUGGUCAACAAACAUUUGAUACAACUGGUGUUGCGUUUGGUUCACAAGCAACAAGAGAAUACAGCCGUGGCUCAUCACCAGAAUGGCUACAUAUGCAGAUUGGUGGCGGUUUUGAAAGAACGACGUAGUCUAGAAAAUUCUCUCAACCAUUACUAAUAAAAGCAAGAAAGAGGCUGUAUUCGACCUCCAGUAGAGCUCUCAACAAGUAUAGUCCAUAUGGAAAAAUCAAAGGUAGACUUAAUUUUUACAUUCAGGGAUGAAGAUAUGGAUGCUGUUCAUAGAUCUGCUUUUUAAGUUAGUGAUUGAACAUCUGUUAGUGUGUUGGAAAGUAGAUUCUCUGAUAUCUCUGCUCAUAAACUCCAUAUAAAUACUAAAAAGUUAACCUGCUGAACAAGCAUUAUUCUUGUGAAAAAUAAAGUAUUGCUUGGAAUGAAUUUUCAGCAUUA